CUGGAGCGCCGUUAACAAAGAGAUUCAACUCUUCUUCAACCUUUUUUUGAUUUUUUUUCCUCAGAAGAACUCUCCUUCAACUACUCUUCUACCGGUUACUACUUGAGCAGAUUGGAUUUUGAUUCUGAGUAACAAAAUGAGCGUUAUCGACAUUCUAACCAGAGUUGAUUCGAUCUGCAAGAAGUACGACAAAUACGACGUCGACAAGCACAAGGAUUCCAAUAUCUCCGGCGACGAUGCCUUUGCUCGACUCUACGCUGUAGUUGAAGCCGACAUCGAGGCAGCUCUUGAGAAAGCAGAAACUGCUUCCAAGGAGAAAAGCAGGGCAUCUGUUGUAGCCAUCAAUGCUGAGAUUCGUCGUACUAAGGCUCGGUUGCUGGAGGAGGUCCCCAAGUUGCAACGAUUGGCUGUAAGAAGGUUGGUAAAAGGGCUUUCCUCGGAAGAAUUUGCUGCUCGUAAUGAUUUGGUUCUUGCACUGCCAGAGAGGAUCCAGCUAUCCCAGAUGGGACCCCUGCUGCACCCAAAAAAAACAGGAGGCUGGGCUGCUUCUGCUUCACGCAGUGAAAUU